AUGAAACCAUUUAGUAUAGAUGAAACAUAUAUUAUGGAUUCGAAUUAUUCACAGUUGCAAGGAAAGUGUUUAGAGCCAGAUGCCAUUGCAUGUUGUUCUACUAAAUAUGGUCCAAUGGUCCAGGAGAAAAAAUUCAACGAUCCAUUAUUACCCAAACACCUAGAUAAAAAUACAAUACAUGGCAUUAUAACAAGGACUAAAUCGACGGCUGGUGAUGUGAUUUUUCCGAAUAAGUCACCUGCGAAAAAUGAUUGUGAAGACAAAAAAGAAACAGAAUUGUAUAAAAUUUCUCAUCACGCGUAUGGAAUUGGUGAACAGUUAAAUCGAAAGUACACAAACAGUUUUGAUCCGGAUUAUCGGUAUGGCAAACCUUUAAAAUGGUUACCACCAGGUGUGUGGUUCAAAAGUAAUGUUCAACCUAAAGCGUCGAAUGUAAAUAAAAACACGCUCACUGAUUAUGUUAGUAAAUUAUUAGAAAGUAAAGAGAACUCAGAGAACACAAAAUGCCGUUAUCCGUAUAUCGACAACCGGCAAGGAAAAUUUACUGGCAGAUCAUAUUUAAGAGCACAAGACGUUUUAACUAGAAACGAACCAGACAAAAAAGAUUUUGAGGCAAUCGAUUAUUCAACAGCAGUCAGUAGAUUAAAACAUUAUGUAAAAGAAAAGAAAUGCGAUUUAAUUGAAUUGCAUGAAAAAUUUAAACUGUUUGAUAAGGAAUUCACGGGGUGGCUGCCACUGGAACAAGUGUAUAAAACCUGUUACCAACACAACAUUAAGCCCGAAAAGAAAUUGUUCGAUCUUGCCUUGAAUUCUAUUAAUGCCAUUAAUGACAACAAUGUCAGCUAUAAUUUAUUUCUGGAUUUACUCAAUCCAAAAGUUAAGUUCUCGGGUGGUUUUAAGAAAAAUAACCGAACAGAUAUCGACAGAUUCAUUCCAACAUAUAAAAAUGAUUACGGAAAUACAUUGUCUCAUGGAAUUCAAUUAAAUAAAAACCUUAGCGAUUAUACACCUGUUAAGCCAAUGGUCUUAGCUUAUCAGGAAUGUUUCGGGUCCGAAACGAACGUAAAAAUGUUACUGAACCCUACAAUAUUUUCAAACUAUGGAUUAACUUACAGAGACUUUUACAUAGGACGUAGUAAAGACGUAAUGAAGAAACUGUUCCAAGAUUUAGGAGUGAUCUUACCAGAUGACAUUUUCAAUAUUGUCUGGGAUAAUGCGUACCAAUGUGAUGGUGUCGACGACAAAGUGAGCGUAGAAGUUUUUAGACAGGCUCUUCAAGAACUGGCGGAUAGAAUGAUCGACCAACAUGACGACGAAUAG